AUGACCAACUCCUGCUGCUCCCCCUGCUGCCCGCCCCCCUGCUACAGCACCACCCACUGCAGGACCACCUGCUGGAAGCCAGCCUGCGUGUCCAGCUGCUGCAGCGCCCCCUGCUGCCAGCCCAGCUGCUGCCAGCCCAGCUGCUGCCGCCCCACCUGCUGCCAGACCAGCUGCUGCAGGACCACCUUCCAGCCCAGCUGUGUGACCAGCUGCCGCCGCACCCCCUGCUGCCAGCCCCGCUGCUGCGUGGCCAGCUGCUGCCAGCCCAGCUGCUGCCAGUCCUGCUGCCGCCCCAGCUGCUGCAGCGACCCCUGCGGCCAGUCCGGCAGCUGCACACCCGUCUACUGCACCAGAACCUGCUACCACCCCACCUGCGUCUGCCUGCCCAGCUGCUGCCAGCCCUGCUGCCGCCCGUCCUGCUGUGAGCCCAGCUGCUGCCGGCCCUCCUGCUGCUGCUCCUGCUGCUCCCCCUGCUGCCCGCCCCCCUGCUACAGCACCACCCACUGCAGGACCACCUGCUGGAAGCCAGCCUGCGUGUCCAGCUGCUGCAGCGCCCCCUGCUGCCAGCCCAGCUGCUGCCGCCCCACCUGCUGCCAGACCAGCUGCUGCAGGACCACCUUCCAGCCCAGCUGUGUGACCAGCUGCCGCCGCACCCCCUGCUGCCAGCCCCGCUGCUGCGUGGCCAGCUGCUGCCAGCCCAGCUGCUGCCAGUCCUGCUGCCGCCCCAGCUGCUGCAGCGACCCCUGCGGCCAGUCCGGCAGCUGCACGCCCGUCUACUGCACCAGAACCUGCUACCACCCCACCUGCGUCUGCCUGCCCAGCUGCUGCCAGCCCUGCUGCCGCCCGUCCUGCUGUGAGCCCAGCUGCUGCCGGCCCUCCUGCUGCUGA